AUGCUCUCUUGGCGGGCCAUCACAGCCUCGUUUCCGCCUCCGGAUGACUCGUGGAGCGGGCUCGCAAUGCACUUGGACCGUUGUGAACAAGUGCGCCACCAGUUUCUCGAGCAGCGAACGACAAGUUCAGAGCGGCUGUUGUGGCCGCUUCAUCGCAUUCACUAUGAGCAGAAUCGAUUGAUUUACGAAAAGCGGUUCAGGGAGCGCACGUUGAGCAGAGCGACUUACGCUUACCUCGUGCGAUACCGCAUCGCUGACGGAGACCUGAUCGCCAAGUGGCGCCGACGCGGUUACCGAGCGCUCUGCUCGCUCUGGGCGAUAUCACGGUGCACUGCGGCUCGCAGUCAUGCCAUCUGCCGAGUUCCGCUGCGAAAACGCCGCCUGAGCGAAGGUGCUCGUGCAGCCACGCCAGCAUUGAGGCGUUUGUUCCACCCGUCGUCGGUGACCGGGUGUGUGACGUGCACCGAUGACGACUGCGUCGACCCGCGAAGCAAGCAAGUACUCGGGCCUAUUUGGUUUGAUGAUGUACAGCCCGACUGGGAAGCGAUGACACCGGCACAGCGGACAGCGACAGCUCGGAAGCUAGCCCGGAAGUCCGCGCUUUGGAGCACCAGCGGCGACAAUGCGCCUAUUCCUGGAGUUUCGUCUCGGGGUGCUGGCUCUGGUGGCGACAGUGUUGCAAGUCGCCAUGCGCAAUAUCGAUAG